AUGAAGCAGCCUACUGACCUUUCGUCUCUUAUUCCUCUAGCUACAUCUCAGCCCGCUGACACCGAAAUGGCCAAUUCAAGCCCCGCUGGCGCGAACGGUCAUGUUGACCCCGGAGUGUCUAUCCGAUUUGGUCCCGUGGAAGACAAGGACGUGAAGAUGGAGGACGUGGAAGAUGAUGCGCUUUCUGCCGGUAAGCGCAAAUCACGCGCUAGCACCGGGGGUAAGAAGUCUUACACAGAAGCGGAGAGCAGCGAGGAGGACGAACCUUUGAGCAAACGGCGACGUACUUCUGUCAAACAUGAGGAUCCGGAAACCGAUGAUGACGUACCUCUGGCACGCAAUGGGCGAAAGCUUCCUAAAGCCUCCGAGACCGCAAUGGGAGAAGAAUCCGACUCCGACGUUCCCAUCGAGCGAAAGCUCACUGCGCAGAAGUUGAAGAUCGAAGAAACUGCCGAAAAAGAAGCUCGCAAACCCGCUGUUAAGAAGGAGACUAAGCCCGCAGCAGCCAAGAAAGCAACUAACGGCGUCAAGAAAGAGCCUGCCUCCGCGAAGAAGGGCAAGGCCAAGCCUGUCAAAGCCGAGAGCCAAGAUGCUGAAGACAAAGAAGAGGAAGAUGAAUAUCGCUGGUGGGAAGAUGCAAGCAAGGGCGAUGGCACCAUCAAAUGGACAACCCUGGAGCACGCCGGCGUUGUCUUCCCUCCUGAAUACGAGCUGUUACCGAAGAACGUGAAGCUGAAGUAUGAUGGUGUUCCUGUCAGCCUUCAGCCUGAAGCCGAGGAGGUCGCCAGCUUUUUCGGAACCAUGCUGAACUCUGCUCACAACGUAGAAAACCCAGUCUUCCAGAAGAACUUUUUCGGUGACUUCAAAGAUAUCAUCAAGAAGACUGGCGGGGCAAAGGACUCUAAGGGCAACAAGAUCGACAUCAAGGAAUUUGCGAAAUGCGAUUUCCAAGCCAUUUUUGACUUCUACGAGGGCCAACGCGCGGAGAAGCGAAACUUGACUCCUGCAGAAAAGAAGGCUGCUAAAGCUGAAAAGGAUAAGCUCGAGGAGCCCUUCCAAUACUGCCUCUGGGAUGGCCGCAAGCAAAAGGUUGGCAACUUCCGCGUUGAACCUCCUUCUCUGUUCCGUGGACGUGGCGAGCACCCCAAGACCGGUCGUGUCAAGACGCGGGUGCAGCCCGAACAGAUCACUAUCAACAUUGGCAAGGAUGCCAAGGUCCCCCCGCCCCCUGAAGGCCACCGUUGGAAGGAGGUCAAGCAUGACCAGGAAGGUACAUGGCUCGCCAUGUGGCAAGAGAAUAUCAACGGCAACUACAAGUACGUGAUGUUGGCUGCCAACUCCGACGUCAAGGGCCAAAGUGACUUCAAGAAGUUCGAGAAAGCCCGUGAACUCAAGAAGCACAUCGAAAAGAUCCGGAAGGACUACCAGAAGAACCUGAAGCAUGACAUGAUGGUUGAGCGUCAGAAAGCUACAGCCGUCUACCUUAUUGAUCAGUUCGCGUUGCGUGCUGGUAAUGAGAAAGGCGAAGACGAAGCCGAGACUGUCGGUUGUUGCUCACUGAAGUACGAAAACGUCACGCUCAAGCCACCUAAUACCGUCGUCUUCGAUUUCCUGGGUAAGGAUAGUAUUCGGUUCUACGACGAGGUCAAAGUCGAUCUGCAGGUCUUCAAGAACCUGAAAAUCUUCAAGAAGGCACCCAAGAAGAACGGCGAUGAGAUCUUUGAUCGGCUCACGACUUCUGCACUCAACAAGCAUCUUGCCAAUUACAUGCCCGGGCUGACCGCGAAGGUGUUCCGUACCUACAACGCUUCGUAUACCAUGGGCUCCGUGCUCAAGGAGAUGAAUGGAGCUGGUGGCACUGUUGCCGAAAAGGUGAAGGCAUACAACGAUGCCAACCGCAAGGUCGCAAUUUUGUGUAACCACAAGCGCACUGUCACUGCUGGCCAUGCCAACGCUAUGGAGAAGAUGGGCGAGCGGAUCAAGGGACUUCGAUAUCAGAAGUGGCGCCUCAAGCAAAUGAUGCUUGACUUGGAUCCCACUUUGAAGAAGAAGAGGGGUGCUUCCUUCUUCGAAAUCGACGAGGAUCUUGACCAAGAAUGGAUCGACGAGCACCAGACCUUCUUGAUGGAGGAGCAGCGGACCAAGAUUAAUAAGAAGUUCGAAAAGGACAACGAAAAGAGGGUUGCCGAUGGGGAGAAGGAGAUGAAGGCGACCGAGCUCGAAGAACGUCUCAACGCCGUCAAGGAUAUGGAGAAGAAGUUCAAGAAGGAGAACAAGACCGGCAAGGUCGAGGCUGAAGCCCGGGGCGCGACUGUCGAGAAGCUUGAUGCUCAGAUCCAGAAGAUCGACCAGCGUGUUGAGACCAUGUCCGUCCAAGCCCAGGACAAGGAAGACAACAAGGAAGUUGCUCUGGGUACCUCCAAGAUUAACUAUAUUGACCCCCGUCUUACUGUCGUCUUCAGCAAGAAGUUCGACGUCCCCAUCGAAAAGUUCUUCUCCAAGGCCCUGCGCGAGAAGUUCGAGUGGGCUAUCAAGUCCGUCGAAGAGGACUGGGAGUUCUAA